AUGUCCGCAAACUCAGCUUACCGCCGCGUUGGCAAAGAGAGCUACACAUACCAGAUCACAACCUCAUCGACCGAUUACGAUCACAAGCAAGACCAAUACACCUCUUACUUUGGUCCAAUACGAACCAUGUUCCGCCGUUCGGGCUCCUACAAAGGUUUCGACACGACAUCGCCACGAUCCACGAGCGUAGCUUCGAACGGCUCGUCGAAAUCUGGGAAGGCCUGGCAAUGGCUGCACGACAUCAAUGAGAAGCACGACAGACUCAUCAAGAGGCUGCACCUUGCACCUGAUCGACCGCGUCGAAGGUCGCCGGCGAUUGACAUUAUGCCGUCGUAUACUCAGCUUGGGUACUAG